UUCUUCAACACUUUUUGACUUAUCUUCAUGUAUAUGCCAAGAAUUUUGAAAGGCAUUUCAAUCAUUUGUCCGAAGAUGAAGCUAUUUUUGUUACUCUUAGACUUUGUAUAAUUGAACACCAAAAUAUUAUGUCUGCUGUAAAAAUUUUAAAUUCUGAAAUUAAAUCGUUAUUGUUACUGGAAUUUUUGACCAAUUCGUUUCAACUUGCAGCAAAUCUACUUAAUAUUAUGCAGAUGAGCUUUAACUUCGUACUUCUUUUUAAUUUGGCAUUUUUGACACAGAGAGUUGUAGAAAUAAUGCUUCUCCAUGGAUCUGCUGAUGCAAUAAAAACAGAGAGUUUAAAAUUAUCGGAUGCUAUAUAUGACUCGAAAUGGAACGACUUUGACAAAAAAUGUACAAAUUUAUUGCGAUUGACGCUUCGUGUUAGUCAGAGACCACUUUUAAUUACCAUUGGUCCAUUCGGAGAAAUGUCACUUCAACCAGCGAUAAAAAUUUUUAAGGGAGCCUACAGUAUUGUUACAUUUUUUCAUAAUGCAUAAUGAUUGUAGAAAUCAAAGUAGAUUAAACGAUGUAGUUGAAAUAAAAUAUUUCAAUCUUUAUCCAACAUGGAAAGUUAUUCAACUUAAGUAGAUUAACGAUGUAAUUGAAAUAAAAUAUAUAUGUCA